AUGACUUCCAAGGUAAUCAUCUUCGCCGUUGUAUUGUGCCUCGUGCACGUGGCCUUUGCGGGAGUACGGAUCCCAAGACAAGCCGAAGGAGAUAAGGCGAGCGGUGCCGAUAAAGGUGGAAUUGGUGGGGGUGGAAUCGGUGGAUCACAAAACCUGGGAAGUUUCGCUGGAGUCUUCGAAAAACUACCUACGGGAUUCCUUCAGACAUUUGUAGGAUUAUUAGAAAAAUUCAAUACUGGAAAUCAAUCCGGCAAUCAAUAA